UUAGUUGCUUCGCAAGACGAAUUUCCCUAUGGGCUUGCUUCGCAAGACGAAAACGUCUUGCAAGUUUGUUUCCUUUUUCUUAAAACCGUUAAUACCCAGGGUGCAUUGCUUGAAGAGGUGCAGUUGCAACUUGACUUCAAGGAGCAACUCAUAGCACGCGGUGUGGUAGCCUUUUUUGAGGUUUUUGAAGACUUUGGUGAUUUUUGAAGCUUUUCCAAAACUUCUUUUGCAGCCAUUUGGUAGGAGCUGUGCUGCCAUGGGGCCCAAGAAGACUGCUGCUGCAGAGGCCGGCGAGAGGAAGAAGGAGAAGGUUACGCUGGAAAUGAAGAAGGAGAUCAUCCGGAAGCACGACGGUGGAAUGCGUGUGACAGACCUCGCCAGGGAGUACGGGAGGAAUCCAUCGACCAUCGGGACCAUCCUGAAGAUGAGGGAGAAGAUCCUUGCGACUGAUGUAGCCAAAGGAGUCACCAGGAUCGUGAAGAACCGCCCAGCUGUUCUGGAGGAGGUGGAGAAGUUGCUGCUCAUCUGGUUAGAAGAGAAGCAGCGUGCAGGGGACACAGUGACUGAGGCCGUCAUUUGUGAGAAGGCCAAGGCCUUGCACGCAGACCUCGUCCGGCAACAGCCAGGAACCUCAGGUGAGCCAGAAGUCUUCAAGGCAAGCAGAGGCUGGUUUGACUGGUUCAAGACAAGAUCUGGAAUCCACAGCGUGGUCAGGCAUGGAGAGGCUGCCAGUUCUGAUGUUCCUGCGGCUGAAGACUUUGCAGCGGAGUUCCUGGAGUGGCUGUCCUCCAAAGAACUGAGGGACAUUUGCCAGAAGUGGAAAGAUGUGCAGGCUUUUGCACAGCGGCACCACCCUGACAAGGACCUGACACGUGACCUUGCGAACACUUUUGAUACGAGGGUCAUGUCGUCUUUCAGGGAGGUGCUGAAAAGGCGGAUGAAGCAGCAGACCAUGGACAGGUUCUUUAGCAAGAAGCAAAGAGUGGAAGAGGAACCUUCUUCGAGUUGUCCCCCAGAGUCUUAGAAAAUGUAUGUACAGUACUGUACACUUUGGUGAUUUUUAAGUGCUUUUCUGUCAUGUUUAGAAACUUAAAUUAUUGUUCCUUCAAUUUUUGAAAUGCUCUUUACAGUAUGUGUGACUUUAAAGAGCACUUAAUAAACUCUUUUAGUACCAAA